AUGGUGAAUGCAGGUAUGCGUUCCUCGAAAUUGGAUGAAGAUUUUCGAUGCAAGCAAGGUGCCCCACAAAAAGCAGUUAAGAAGAGUGGCAUUUUGGGUCAUGCAGCUCAAGUUUACACCUGUAAGAUAUUCAAUUUAUUUGAAAAUCAAUUUCUUGAUAGUCUUGCAAUGGUUUGGGAUCAAGUUGAUUGCCAAGAUACAAUUGGUGUUUUUGAGGUCAAAGAAGAAAAUAGUGAAAGAGUACGCAUUGUCCGGUUUGAUCGUCUUAAUAAUAAUAUUUCUUGUUCUUGUAAGAAAUUUGAGUCAUUGGGGAUUCUUUGUUGUCAUGCAUUGCGGGUUUUUAGUAUAAAAAAUUUAACUAGAAUUCCAAGUCAAUACAUUUUGAAACGUUGGACAAAAGAGGCUAAGAAGGGGAUGAUGACUUAUGAACAAGACAAUCAUUCACUUAGUAAUGAUAAAGAGGCAAAGAUAGUAUGGCGUAAUAGCAUGAUGCGAAUAGCUAAUACAAUCAUAUCUAAAAGUCAAGGGGAGGAUAGCCUUAAGAGAAUUUGCCAAAAAUUGCUAUUGGAACUUGAUGAAAAAAUUGAAAGGGAGUUAUCAAGGGUCAAGUUUGGUGUAGAUGCAAAUGUGGAAGAGAAUGAAGUCAUACAAUGUGACACCACUGAUGAAAUGCCUUGCUUGCCAAAUGAGGUGUUAGUGUUAAAUCCCCCAUGUGUGAGAUCAAAAGGUUUAAGAAAUACUAGACUUAAAGGGCACUUUGAGAAGCGCAAGGCAAACACAUCUAAAGAUGCAUCUUCUUCAAGUGAGUAA